CUCUAGUGAAGGGAAGAUGCCACAGAGUUGGAAACCCAUUUUACCACAUCUUCAACAUUCCUCCAUAGUGAAGUCGUCGUUUUCCUUCCUAAAAACGACGUCCUUGUUAACAUUUGGCUUUCGCUAGUGUUACCAAAUCAACGCCAUAGGAUUUUCUUGCUAAUCUCCUUCAUUUGUUUGGACUUCAAAACCCUCUUCGUCUUUCUCUCUCUCGUACGCACUGCACCCCAUUUUCUCUUGGGAACAUUUUCUCGGAUUUUGACUCGAGCAUUUGGUGUCUACGAUUCACAAUCUCUCUCCAUUUUGUUCAAGAUCGGUGAUCUGUCUCUGUCGGUGAUGUGUAACCUUGUCUUCUCUCUUGUGUUUCAUUUUCCUGCUUGAAUCUCUGCACCAGUUCUAUUAUUGCUGAUUUUAAUUUAGAAAGGGACGAAAAUUCAUGUUUUUUUUUUUCCAGAUUUUUCUGACAUUAACUAGCCCGUCUUAUAUCAGAUCGUCUUAAUUUAAAAUAUCCACAUCUCAUUUUUGCUAUGAAGUCGUUUACUACUUCAUUUCCUUCCAUCUUGGUUCAUAUGCCUCUCGUGGUGUGCAAUCUUGCUAUCUAGCUCUUUAAAUUUUUCGGAUCUCCUUGUUUGUUAACUGAGUUUGGUUCAAAAUGUCUUCGAUUCGAUUCGAUGGUACUAAGCAGUACUAUGCCACGAGCAGUCUUGUGCUAGGAUAUGCGCUUUGUUCAAGCUUGCUUGCCGUGAUUAACAAGUUUGCUAUAACCAAAUUCAACUAUCCUGGCCUUCUGACUGCGUUGCAGUAUCUAACUUCGGCUCUUGGAGUUUGGGUUUUAGGGAAGUUAGGAUUUUUACACCACGAUCAAUUUACAUUCGAGACUGCCAAGAAGUUUUUACCCGCUGCUAUUGUUUUCUAUCUGGCAAUCUUUACAAACACUAAUCUUCUACGUCAUGCGAAUGUGGAUACAUUUAUAGUGUUUAGAUCCUUGACACCCCUUUUGGUUGCUAUAGCGGAUACAACAUUUAGGAGACAGCCGUGCCCAUCAAAGCUCACCUUUGUGUCUUUGUUGAUCAUAUUGGGUGGAGCUGUUGGCUAUGUGGCCACGGAUUCAGCUUUUACUUUGACUGCAUAUACGUGGGCAUUUGUUUAUUUGGUAACAAUUACUACUGAGAUGGUUUAUAUCAAACAUAUGGUGACGAAUCUUGGGUUGAACACUUGGGGUUUUGUGUUCUAUAACAAUUUGUUAUCGUUGAUGAUGGCUCCGGUGUUUUGUUUUCUCACGGGAGAGUAUGCUGAUGUGUUUGCUGCAUUGGGAUCUAAUUAUGGGAAUUGGUUUGAACCAAAUGCAUUCUUUGCUGUAUCAUUAUCGUGUGUUUUUGGAUUGGCCAUCAGUUUCUUUGGGUUUGCUGCAAGGAAGGCGAUCUCUGCCACGGCUUUUACAGUUACCGGUGUUGUUAAUAAGUUUCUUACAGUUGCCAUUAACGUGAUGAUUUGGGAUAAGCAUGCCACUCCAUUUGGUUUGCUGUGCCUCCUCUUUACUCUUGCUGGCGGAGUUCUUUAUCAGCAGUCGGUUACCGGAGCUGGCAGUGCUCCAUCACAGCGUGAGUCAACGGCAUCAAAGCAGACCGAUAGGGAGAAUGAUGGUGAUAAUUUCGGAGAUGAGAAUCAAGCAAAGGGCAUGUCUGGUAAACUUGGUUCUGUAUGAGAAGUUUACCCUCUAUGUUCCAUUUUUUAGUCCCUUGAUCAAGAGGCUAAGUGGGUGUUGAAAUUUUAUAUCUGGCAUAAUGGUUUUGGAAACUCUGUAUGAGAUCAUAUUUAUUAUUUUCCUUAGAAAUUGAAUUCUGUUAGCAUUUUCCAAGGCAUUUUCAGCAUGGCUCAAAUUAUAGGGCUUUGGUUCGCUUCUGUAAUCUUAUUUAUUGCUUUUAGGGAGUAAAUGUAAUGGUUGUGUGAAUUAAAA